AACGCGCACGCACGCACUCGCUCACCCGAGACCGCGACUUGUUACAAAGUUUAUGCCUGGACGUCGCUUCACCUGUGUUACGUGUUUCUCACCGCGAGGACAGAGAAGUAAUUCAAAAAGAGGACAGCUUUAAUGAAGGUCUUUCUGCUUGGAUGCUUUACUGUGAAAACGUGUUCAACAUUAUCAUCAUAUAACAUCAUAUUAAGAUGAUGGAUUGGAGUAUCCCAAUUACGGCAGUUCUUCUGUUUUUUUCUUGUCUUGGUGAUGCUGCUAACAGUUGUCCCAGUGAUUCCUUAAUCUUAAUGGGUUUUAAUGAGCCAAAAUACAUCUCAAGUCCAAGUGCAGAUAAUGUAGCCCUUACCCAGAUGACCCAUUCUUUUCUUGCCAUGGUCCAACCUAACAAAUUUCCUACAGAUUUUGUUAUUAGCAUUGUGAAUAACGCCCAGUUUUUCAUGGAGAAGUCAGGAGUAGAAAAGAUCUUAAACUACAUGGUGGGAUUUUUGGUUUGUGCUGUCAUUGGAGUUUUGUACAUUGUGCUUGUCCCUGUGAUUGGAUGUUGCUUCUCAUGUUGCCGCUGCUGUGACAACUGUGGUGGGAAAAUGUACCAAAAACAAACCGAAAGGACAAACUGCAAAAGAAAGGGGUUCUACUGGGCAUUAUGGGCAAUAACACUGAUUAUCCUAGUGGGGAAUAUCAUUAUGUUCUGUAGCAGCAACAGCUUUUCAAAAGGCAUUAGCACCGGUCCUGAGUUGAUUAACAUUACCACAUCAAAUCUGAAUAUUUUUCUGAACAAUAUUCCAAAGGAGAUCAGCUAUCUAAUUGAGGAAAGCUCCCAGCCUGUAAAUAAAGUAAAUAACAGUGUAAAUGAUAUUGGCCCCAUACUUAUUGACAUGAUGUUGGAAAAUUUGGGGGACAGUGUAAAUGCUACAAAGGACUCGUUGAUAAAACUGAAUAAUGUUAACAUCUACAUUGGAGCUCAACUUGAAAACCUGAGCGAAAUUUCUGAGAAGUUCACUCAGAACCAGAUUGUGCUAGUGACAAAUCUGACAAACAUCCGAACACAAAUCAAUUCCACAUUGAACAGUCCUGAAUGCAAAGGUUGUCCGGGAGAAGGAAAAAAUAUUUUGGAUAAACUCGUGCCUGUUACAGUCUUUCCAAGGUUGCCAUCCUUUAAUGACGAAAUGAAUGCCGUUAAUGAAGUCAAGAAAGCUGACCUGCCAUCUACUUUAAAUAAGAGUAUGGCUUCAGUUCAGAAGGAAUUAGAAACUACUACUUCUAAUCUUGUAUCAGGUGUGCAAAAUGAGCUUUCUACUAUUAAAGGGAAAAUUCAAAGUGUAUCUCAAAAUAUCCCACUGACCAGUAUCUCCAACAUAACUAGUGAAAUUACCCAAAUUGGUAUCGAAGUGAACAACUACGUUCCAGUAAUUUCCAAGGCAAGCAAUUACAGCAAUACUAUUGGAAUCAUCGCAAGUUGUUUAAUAUUGUUGAUUGUACUAUGCAAUAUUAUGGGACUCCUUCUGGGACCAUUGACAAUGAAGUCCAGUGCAGACCCCACAGAGCGAACAAGUGUUGCCAACUGUGGAGGAACAUUUUUUAUGGCAGGUGCUGGUUUAAGUUUUCUUUACUCCUGGCUUCUUAUGGUGAUUGUACUGAUCCUGUUUCUUUUGGGAGGAAGUGCUUACACAUUGAUAUGCAGACCUUGGGAGAACAAUGAACUUCUUCAGUUGAUUGAUACUCCUGGUGUUAUUCCUGAUUUCAACAUCUCUCAAAUGUUGGGUUUAGACACAAAUGUGGAGAUUUCACAGAUUUAUAAUGACUGUAAGAAUGACUCCGCAUUAUGGUCCGUUUUACAACUGGGAAAGAAGACUGACCUCAAUGAAGUUUUAAAUAUCAGUAAGUACACUACAGGAAUCAAAGAUGAAUUUGACAAAACAAACUUUACCCUGCCACAAAUACAAAUUCUCACUGACAAUGUACGAGCUUCUAUGGAAAAUUUCACAACGCAGAUUGGAAAGAUUGACUUUACUCCAUUUAUGGAACAGAUAAAUAAAAAUUUCACAGUUGGAGAGUUGGAUGAUGCUGCAAAAUCUCUGGAAACGCUUGCAUCAAAAGUUAGUAAUCAAAUUAUUAAAAAACAACUGAUCAAUGAAGCAAAGGAUUUAAGAAAUUUGCAAAACUGGACUUAUUCACAAUUAAUGACAUAUAAGGUAAUCCUGAAUAAAACUGUACAACAACUGAACACAUCUGCUGCUUCAGUCCCAGCUAUUAUUAAUUCUACCAUUCAAAACGCACUAAACGCUCAGGAUAUAUUAAAACAAAAUGGAUCAUCAAUUUUGAAAGCUGAAAGUCGAGAGUUUUUGGAUUGUCAGUUAGGAUAUUUCCAGACAUACCUGACAUGGGUACAAAAAACAGUCACUCAAGAUGUUGCCCGUUGCAAACCUUUUACCAAUGCUGUAGAUUCUAUUGAGACAGUUGUCUGUAAAAAUGUUGUUAACUCCUUGAAUGCAUUUUGGUACAGCUUAGGGUGGUGCUUGAUGUUUCUCUUGCCAAGCAUUAUUGUAUCUGUUAAACUUGCCAAGUUCUACAGGAGAAUGAAAUAUACAGAUAGUUAUGAAGACCCAAGUCCACGCAUAGAGAUGACUCCUGUUAUGAUGUACACUAAUUCCAUGCUACCAGUGAAGACAUAGAAGUGAAUAUGGUGAAGGAAGACAUGGAAAUCCUUUUGCACAGGCUUAAGACAUGACAAUAUGUGGUUUCAUUCUACUAAUUUCAGUAUAAAAUGCAUCUUUGGUUCAGUUUUAAAAUAAAACAACUGUUCUGUUAAUAUCUGGUUUAGAUAAAAUUAAAUUUAAAAUGUGAAUUGCAAACAAUUUACUGUACAUCCUGCUUCCACACCUUGAAAAUGUUUUCAUUUCCUGACUAUAUCAGUCCUCAUUACCUAUGUCAUUAGUCAUUUUCCAAACUGUUUAAAGUUCUGAACAGGGUCGCAGGGAUUUGUUGGAGCCUUUCUCAGCUAGCAUAGGGUGCAAGGCAGGAACACUCCCUGGACCGGGUGCCAGACCAUCGCAGGGCAAACCCACACACACACCCAUCAAUCACACAUUAGGGCCAAUUUAGGUUCACCAGUUCACCUAACCUGCAUUUCUUUGGACUGUGGAAGGAAACUAGAGCACCUGGGGGAAACCCACAUAGACAUGGGGAGAACAUGCAAACUCCAUGCAGGAAUGACCCGGGAUGCAAAACUUCUUCUCCUUACUGAGAGGGCGUAGCACUACCACUGCACCACCGUGACACCCUCAUUACCUAUGACAUUGCUAAAUUUUAUUUCAUAAGAGCGAGAAGCCUAUAAAGUCAGUUAAACCAUUCCAGCCACGUUAGUGUUCAACAGUAAAAUUCCACAAUUCAAAAUAACAAACACUCGUAGAUUUUAUAUUUUUUCUGUUCUGUGUUUAACAUAACAGACAUUUUCUCUUUUCUUUGCUGUAACUCUGUGAGUGGCUGUGAUUCAGCAGAUAGUAAGCAAUUCUAAACUAUGAGGUGAGUUACUUCCAAUUUCUUUAUUUAAUCUUAUUUAUUGCAGUUUGGCGAAUAAAAAAUAAUCACU